AAUAUACGACUCGGAGACCUAAACGGUGUCGUAUAACUACGCAAGGGAUAUAAAUAGAGCCACCAAAUAGCCAACGUAGUUCACAUUCACUUGCUCUCUUUCUCCAAAGAAUCUGGCACAGAGCUAGGAAAGCAUGGUGGGUGGUGGUUCUCUUGAGGAUAUCAAGAACGAGAAUGUUGAUUUGGAGAAAAUACCAAUUGAAGAAGUGUUCCAGCAGUUGAAAUGCAGCAGAGAUGGACUAUCUGGAGCAGAAGGAGAGAGCAGACUCCAGCUCUUUGGCCCCAACAAACUCGAGGAGAAGAAGGAAAGCAAGAUACUUAAGUUCUUGGGGUUUAUGUGGAACCCUCUCUCUUGGGUCAUGGAAGCAGCUGCAAUCAUGGCCAUUGCCUUGGCUAAUGGCGAUGGACGUCCACCUGAUUGGCAAGACUUUGUUGGUAUUGUUUGUCUUUUGGUUAUUAACUCAACCAUCAGCUUUUGGGAAGAAAACAAUGCCGGAAACGCUGCUGCUGCUCUCAUGGCUGGUCUUGCUCCCAAAACAAAGGUUCUAAGAGAUGGCAAAUGGAGUGAGCAAGAAGCUUCUAUUCUUGUCCCCGGAGAUAUCGUGAGCAUCAAGCUAGGUGACAUCAUCCCUGCUGACGCACGUCUCCUCGAAGGCGACGCUUUAAAAGUUGACCAAUCUGCUCUAACCGGUGAGUCCCUCCCUGCCACAAAAGGUCCAGGAGAAGAAGUCUUCUCCGGCUCUACUUGCAAGCAAGGCGAGAUAGAAGCGGUUGUGAUAGCCACUGGUGUCCACACCUUCUUCGGCAAGGCAGCUCACCUCGUUGACAGCACAAACCAAGUGGGACACUUCCAGCAAGUCCUCACCGCAAUAGGAAACUUCUGCAUCAUCUCAAUCGCGGUCGGUGUAGUCAUUGAGAUCAUAGUUACAUAUGUAUUUCUAUACCAGAUUUUAUAUUAGUUACAUACCACUUCAUAUCAAAUAAUUUAUUCGAAGAAGUUAGAGUAAAGCAAAACAUAUAAAUGAACUAAAAUGUAAUGUAACCAUUAACAAUUUGGAAAUCAAGAUGGACCCAACCACAUUAAUGUU